AUGUCGAUUGUGAUACCCUUGCGAGUGUCAACGCCCCUGAAACUCAAAAACACAUCAUACCUCCAACAUGGAUCUGAAGGAGGAGGAUAUGCACAGGGUAUUUGGGAGCUGGAGGCCAUUGGAAACCACCAAAUCAAAACAAGAGGCAAUCAAGAACAGGAAAUAAAAAACUGCAAGAACAAGGUCUCUCAAGUAUUGGCAGAGAAGCCUCACUCCCUACUCCCUAGUAAAGCUUCAACCUUUCACUGUUCCCAACCCAAGUCUCAAAACCCUUCAAAGCUUAAGGUUUUCACUCUCCAGUGCUCCUCCGCCUCCGCUAAUGCCGUAUCAGUUUUCUCUGAGGUUGAUUUAUAAAUGACAUGGAUUACCUGUGAAGAGUUGCCGGUGACCGGACCGUGCCGGUUGGGGUGAGAAUGAUGGUUGCAUGACUGAAAAUGUGAGUGUUAAUUUUUUUAUUUUUUUUUGUUGAAUGAAUGAAAUUGGUAAAGCAUUGAAUGCUUUGUAGGUUGGGAAAAAUUACUUGUA